AUGAUUAUCUAUCGGGACAUUGUUUCUGAUGACGAAUUCGUUUCCGAUGCCUAUCCUAUGCGUGAGGUUGGUGAUGUUGCCUAUGAAAUCGACUGCCAGACUAUCACAAUCAAAGAAGGCGCUGACGUAGAUAUCGGUGCAAACCCUUCAGCUGAAGAAGCUCAGGAAAGCCUCGAGGAAGGCACAAUUCAAGUUAAUAAUGUGAUUCACGCCUUUCGUCUUCAAGAAACUACUUUUGAUAAGAAAUCAUAUAUGACUUAUCUCAAGGGUUACAUGAAGAAAUUGGAAGCACAUUUAGAGAAAAAUCCUGAUUUUAAUAUGACCGAGUGGAAAGAAAAAAUCAAAAAUUUUACAAAAGAGAAAAUUGUUACCAAAAUCGAUGAUUACCAAUUUUAUACUGGUGAAAGCUUUAAUCAAGAUGGCAUGAUAGCAUUAUUGAAUUACCGCGAAGAUGGUGUUACACCUUACAUUACUCUAUUUAAACAUGGUCUGAGAGAAGAGAAAGUGGUAGUUACAAUAUUAGUGAGUGGUGAAUUACAAUAA